AUUUUCAACCGUGGCCACAUCGGUAUCAUCGACUCAUCGUCCAUUUUUCUCCCCCACAUCUCAGUGCUCCACGCUCAUCUUCACUCUCCUCUUCGCCUCUCUCCUCCGACGUCACCACCGCCGUCGCAACCAUGCACGUCCUCCAAUCACCGGCUCUCUGCCCCACGCCGCCCCAUCGCCUUGGUCGGUUCAAUGCCAAACAGCCUCGAAAGAAAGUGUCAUUCAUAUUAUCCGCCGCCUCCCCCACUGUCGCUGCGCCCAAGCGCGAAAAGGAUCCGAAGAAGCGGGUGGUGAUCACCGGAAUGGGGCUCGUCUCCGUCUUUGGAAACGACGUCGACGCCUACUACGAGAAGCUGCUCGCUGGUGAGAGCGGCAUCAGCCCGAUUGAUCGGUUCGAUGCCUCUAAAUUUCCGACACGGUUCGGCGGCCAGAUCCGCGGAUUCGACUCCCAAGGUUACAUUGACGGCAAGAACGAUAGGCGGCUCGAUGACUGCCUUCGCUAUUGCAUUGUCGCUGGAAAGAAAGCUCUCGAAGACGCCGAUCUUGGUGGUGCUGAUAUCUCGAAGAUUGAUAAGGAGCGAGCUGGUGUGCUUGUUGGAACUGGGAUGGGUGGUCUUACAGUGUUCUCUGAUGGUGUUCAGGCUCUAAUAGAGAGGGGUCAUAGAAAAAUAACCCCAUUUUUCAUUCCUUAUGCUAUCACAAACAUGGGGUCUGCCUUGCUUGCAAUCGAUCUUGGUUUUAUGGGUCCAAACUACUCAAUUUCAACUGCUUGUGCUACCUCCAAUUAUUGCUUCUAUGCUGCUGCUAAUCACAUCCGCCGUGGUGAGGCUGAUUUGAUGAUUGCUGGUGGAACUGAGGCUGCCAUUAUUCCCAUUGGCCUAGGUGGUUUUGUUGCUUGUAGAGCUUUAUCUCAGAGAAAUGAUGAUCCUCAAACUGCUUCAAGGCCAUGGGACAAAGAUCGAGAUGGUUUUGUCAUGGGUGAAGGUGCUGGUGUAUUGGUAAUGGAGAGCUUGGAACAUGCGAUGAAACGAGGUGCUCCAAUUAUUGCUGAGUACAUGGGAGGUGCAGUUAACUGUGAUGCUUAUCAUAUGACUGAUCCAAGAUCUGAUGGGCUUGGUGUUUCAUCGUGCAUUGAGAGCAGCCUUGAAGACGCUGGUGUGUCACCAGAGGAGGUUAACUACAUAAAUGCGCAUGCAACCUCUACUAUUGUUGGUGACUUGGCUGAAGUGAAUGCCAUAAAAAAGGUAUUCAAGAGCACUUCAGAGAUCAAAAUGAAUGCAACCAAGUCUAUGAUAGGGCAUUGCCUUGGUGCUGCUGGGGGUUUGGAAGCUAUUGCAACAGUGAAAGCCAUAACUACAGGCUGGCUGCAUCCUACCAUAAAUCAAUUUAAUCCAGAACCAUCAGUUGAGUUUGACACCGUUGCAAAUAAAAAGCAGCAGCAUGAAGUGAAUGUUGCCAUUUCAAAUUCAUUUGGAUUUGGUGGACACAACUCUGUGGUAGUCUUUUCUGCAUUCAAGCCCUGAUCAUCCAGCUUGUCUGUAUUUCCUGCAAUUCGAGAUUUAAACUCUCGAAUAAGCAUCCAAAAUUGUUCUUUUACAAGAGUGAGGAGUAAACUUGGGGUAGAGGCUGUCAUUUUCUUUCUCUUCGGAGUCAUUUCAUGGACUCUGAGCCAUUUGUAGUUUUUCAUGUUAUAAUUACCUUGAGCUCCGCUUUAACAUUAUUGUUUAGUGAACUUUUGGAAUCUGAUGAGCUAGACAUGAAAUUUUGUAAUGUUUUUUAUCCUCUAGUGGUUAGGAGGAGAUACCUUGAAGGCCCUCUUGCGUUU